AUGCUCUGACCUCUGCCAGAAAUGCCAACAUGGAGCUUCAGGCGACCCUGAAUCAGACCAUGGAGGAGCUGAACUCCUGCUGAAGCUCCUCCCCUUUCAACACCUGACAGUUUUGCUGCCAAACCUCCUCCUGACGCUCCUCCCACCUCCUCCUCCAUUGGGCAGCAGGAGGUGACCGGGGGUGUGGCCUCCUUGAUAAUUCCUGAUGUCACACAUUCCUUCUGUUUGAUGUCACAUUGAAAAUGUUUUCUUCUUCCACCCCGCCUCCUCCUCCUCCUCCUCCUUAACAGGAAGUAACUGUGACCAACAGCCAUUGCUUUGUUUACCACUAAUUGAGUGUUUCUUCUUAAUCAUUAGUUUACUUUGAUAACUGAUUGAUUACAGCCAACAUUAUUCUCAAUGUUUUUUAUCUCUGGGGGCGUGGCCUAUAAGUAUGAUUAGCCAACCUUGAGGUGUUCCACUGCCAUAUAUGGUAACCCAGGGGUGGAGCAGAAGUUGGACACGCCCCUCAUAAAGAUGUAAUUUUGUUUUCCUGGUGAUGAGGUCAUCACUGCGAUGAUGUCACUACUUAUUGUAAAAAUCCAAAGUGAAAUAAGAUUUUAUAAAAUAAAAGCAUAGCCUGUAGACCCAAACA